AUGGAGGACCUAGGUCACAAACUACUGUUAACGGGGCAGCAGUGCCUGAAACUCAAAAUGGACAUUGCAACUAAAGAGAUUGAGAAUAUUAAAAACUACAUUACUGAGGUAAAUACAUUAUUAAUGCUUCUGUUGGAAGAGCAAUCUUCAUUAAGUUUGUUAGUAAAAAACCUUAGGCCCCCACAUAAAGGGGAACAACAUCAAAAGGGACCAAAAGGAAAAAAUCUUAAACCGAUUUGCAAAAGAAAGAAACCCAAAAAUACCAUUAAAGGAAUUUCUAGAAGAAAGAGUAAGAUGAAUUUUCAGAGGCUCUUUAAAAUACUAGACAAGGAGGAACAACUACAGCAGUUGCUACCAAAACAGUGUGGACCUAAAGCAAAAGUGACAUCUCCUGCAGACAUGGAAGCUGCUCAGGAUUUACAAAAAGAGGCACCUCCAGCCUGCUCUUCUGGAAAUUUAUCUGGAACUACCUUAAACAAUCAGACCCAGAAGAGUGUUCUUCGGAAGACUUUGAGUCGGAGCUCUGGGAAUGUUUCUCGGUCCAAUACAGAAUUAGUUUCUUGGAAUUUAAAAUAUAACUCUGAUAAACUGGCACUACUGAACCUUCCUUGGUCUAGAACUAAAGUGAGCCCCGAUAUUUGGAAACAAAAAAUCUGCAACUUUCUUCUGUCAUUGGGGCUAAGGAUCAUCUGGCCAGAUGACAUUACAAACGUGAAGUUUUUAUACAAUUCAUCUCCAAAUUCAUCAGUUAUUCUCACUCUCAAUUCUUCGGUUAUGGCGGCCCGAUUGUUUGCCAAAAGAGCCUUCCUAGACAAUUAUGGAAUUUCGGUUCAGAGAUGCUUUACAAAUAUAGCGAAGCCUUUCCCCCUGUUUAUUAGGAAUGUCUCUUCAAACAACUCCUCGAUUAUAGAAAAGAAGAAUUCUUCUCAGAGGUCAGAAAAUGUCUCCUCGUGUAAUAAAAUCUCUACAGUAAGUAAAAAGCAAUUGUCAAAUAUAAAUCAAACUUUAUCUAAAAAUCCUCCUAAGUCUUCUUUGCCAAAGGAACCAAAGAAACCUGCUGCCCCUAUAUCGCCUUUAUCGUUGAGGCAACUUGAAUUUGCAAGUCCAAACUCUAUAAAUUCCAUCGGCUCUAACUUCCUCACUAUUGAUGCAACUACUUUCCACUCUUCAAACUCUUCUAUUGAAGCCUCAGCUCAUUCCCUUGAGUCGGCAAAUAGCAACUCAAUUCAGGAAGAGUUUUUUGAUUUUACAUGUGAGGGGGAGGAAGAACUGAUAAAUAGUUUCCCCUCCUUCGAGGAUGCUGAACAGACUGAGAUCUGCUUAUCUCUAUUGUAUGUGAUCCAUUCAGCUUUUGAGGCUGAACUUUCCUGCUGCAUGGAUGACCCCUGCCACCUGGUCCGAGAGUCCCAACUCUUCCUCAUCUCCAGAUCUCGUCAGGUUCUGGGCUUCAUUACUGUACAUAACAGGGGCUCCAAGUUAUCCUUUGAUCAGAAAUCUUCCCACUGA